AUGCGUAAACGAGGACCACGUCAGUCCGGAGAAAAUAGCAGCUCCGAACCACCACUGAACUCGACUAAGCCUCACGAAUCUUGUUACAACAGAUCUCAGGAGACUACUCGGAAGGACGACCGACUCCCUCUCUGGAAGAACGAGGCAAGUGAUGUUCACAUCAUCGGACCGCUUUUUUGUGCGAUGCGACGGAGCGCUUGA